ACUCUGCUCUCUAUUGCCCCUGGCUGCUUAAGCAUCUGUUUGCGUCAACUGAUUGCAAUGGGGCUCAAACAAAGAUGUUUUAUGGAAGGCAUCAUGCACAAUUGGCAUCUCAGGCAGAAUUCACGCGGACGUGUAAACCUGGCCAGUUCAAAAGAAAAUCCUGGACUUGAUUCUUCACAAAUACAAUUUUUUCCAACAUUUACGUAUUCAAACGUCAAAGAUUAUCGACGUGAACAAUAUGUACUUGAAUGUGCUAUUUGCUUGGCAGAGUUUUCUUAUGAUGAUCUACUGCGCCUUUUAACGGUCUGCUACCAUGUUUUCCACCAAGAAUGUAUUGAUCUUUGGCUUGAAGCUCACAAGACAUGUCCGGUUUGUCGUAGAGAUCUUGACUUGCCCAAGGAAACAUUGGAAAAAACUCGGAUACGAGACCACAGAGCGGACAUUAAUGUGCAUGAUGCUAGUGUAACAAAUGCGUUGCUAGAGCAUGCCAUUAGCAUUCAUGUUAGAGAAGAUAGUGGCGAGGAAGGUGGAGAAGGAAAUGAGGAAAUAGGAUCGACUCAUGAUGCGGACAGACAAAACGAGGAGCAUCAAAAAAUGUUGGGAUUGUCAAGGUCACACUCGACAGGGCACUCGAUAGUUGCAACUAGAGAAGAAGAGAAUAAAUAUACUUUGCGAUUGAUGGAACAUGUGAAGGUAAAAAUUACUAGGGGACAUUGUGCAACGGGAAGUUGUAUUACAUUUGGGGACUCUAAAGCUUUAUGAAUGAUGGCUAUGGAGAAUUCUCAGGGUGGUCCCAUGGGGGCAUCAAAAGAGAAUAACGCUUCUAUUAUGCUUGUCUUUCUUUCUUUUCUUGCACUAUAUUUUGAUUACCUUAUUUGAAAUUUCUUGAUUAGUCUUAGAAACUAUACAGAAUCUAUUCAA